AUGGAUCACCUACGAGUCGAUCCGAAUAGCUUCCAGAUUCCUGGAAUGCAUGCCCCGCCAUUGACAAAUCAACCGCCCCCGAUCUUUGGCAGUUAUGGCAUGCCCGACGGUCUCCCCAUGCUCCCGCCCGAGCUACAGAUGGCCUUUGACCCUUCGGCGCUGCUCGGCGAUGAUCAGGACGCAAAGAGGAGGAGGAUAGCAAGAGCUUGCGAUAUGUGCAGGAAGAAGAAAAUCAAGUGCGAUGGUAAGCUACCGGCAUGUACGCACUGCAUCAAUUACAAGACGGAAUGUGUCUUCACACAGGUCGAGAAGAAGCGAAGCCCACCGAAAGGCGCAAAAUAUAUCGAGGGACUCGAAAAUAGACUGGGCCGCAUGGAAAGUCUGUUACGACUUGCGGGGCUUUUGGAUGAUGAAGAUGGCGCAACGGACCUGGGCACUCUGGAAAAGAAAUUGGCCGAAAAGGCACAACAGAGGUCGAGACAAGCUUCUCAGGCUACUUCAAACCCGCCAUCACCAUCACAAGAUACUUCGAUCCAUGAAGGCGCUGCUUCCACCCCGCAAAGCUCAUUGACCUCGCCCGAACCCCAAAAAGACAAGGGCGAGGACAAGAGGCGAAAUUCGUCGGUUGCCCCGGAAAAGACCGAGGAAGACGUGGAGGGCUUGUCAGAGAUGAUGUGCUCGCUUGUCACCAACCAAUCUGGAGAGACACGUUAUUUUGGCUCAUCGUCCGGUUUCUCGAUAUUUUCGCCAAAAGGCAUUCAAUGGGUCAAUGAAAGAACCGGAAACGAUGCUUUUCAGAACAUGAUCUCUGAAGUCUCCAUUGACGAUCACAAGUGGAACCGCUGGAAGCCCGAGAUUUUCGCGGAUGUAUUCCGGCGGCCUGUCUACAUACCACUGCCGCCUAAACCCGAAGCCAUGUCCUUGCUCAAGGAUUAUUUCGAGAACUUCAACUGCAUGUUUCCAGUUUUCCAUCAACCUACUUUCAUGCACCUUGUUGAGAAGCAGUAUUCCAACGAACCAUAUGAGGGAUCUGGAUGGUGGGCGAGUCUUAAUGUUGUGUUGGCAACCGCCCAUCGCCUGCGGGUUAUGAGCAAGCUUGUUCCAGAAGAAGAGGACGACAAGGCUUGGGCAUACAUGAAGAAUGCCAUGGGCGUGUUCACAGAGUUGACCAUGCGGAAUACCGAUCUACUCAGCGUACAAGCAUUGCUUGGCAUGGCCUUGUUCAUGCAGGGAACUCCAAACCCCCAACCUUCGUUCCUGCUGAUUGCAGCCGCAAUCCGGCUAUCUCACAGCAUUGGUCUUCACAAGAGCGGCAGCGGCUUCCACCUAAACCCUAUUGAACUUGAGCAAAGGAAACGAGUCUUCUGGAUUGCAUAUAUGCUGGACAAAGACCUCUGUCUCCGUUCUGGCAGACCGCCGGCCCAGGAUGACGAUGAUAUGAAUGUCGAACUUCCAGCUGCUGAACCAGCGGAUAACAUCGGCAACAUUCCUUUGGCUGACGGAAAGGGCAAAAUGAACCUUUUCAGAGUCAUGUGCGAGCUGACCACAAUUGAAAGUCAAGUGUACAAGAGGCUGUACUCGACGAAAGCUGCCAAGCUUUCUGAGGGUGAGUUACUCAACACAAUUGGUGAGCUUGACAAAGCACUUGAGGACUGGAAAGACCGCAUUCCGAUCGAUUUCAGACCAGAGCAUGAGAUCAAAGCCUCCCAUACGCCGCUCAUACUCCACAUUGUCAUGUUGCAUUUCUCCUACUACAACUGCUUGACAACAAUCCACCGUAUGUCGGUACAUCGAGGAUAUUGGACCAGCCGGCUAUCAAACUAUGCCAUCCAGGGCCUUAACGCCAAACCUCUGAACCCGCGAGUCUUUGCUUCCGCUGCUCUGUGUGCAUCUUCAGCGCGUGCCACCAUUUCACUGCUCAAGUACAUCCCACAGGGUGAUAACCAAUGCGUCUGGUUGGCCCUGUAUUUCCCAGUGUCAGCACUUAUGACCUUGUUCGGCAAUAUUCUACAAAAUCCACUGGAUCCACGGGCAAGAUCAGAUACCAGGCUCAUGAGCAUUGUCGUCACUUUCCUGUCAACACUCGGCGAGGAAGCAGAGACCGGCGGGGUACAUCGAAUGCUUGGCGUUUGCGCCGAGUUCGAACGCAUUGCCAAGACCAUCAUCGAUAAGACUGAGAAGGAAGGAUCGAAGCGGAAGAGGAGGACGCAAGAUCCACCGAAGCCGAGCAAUUCGACUGCCUCACAGCAAUCAAGCACAACGCCUCGAUCCACCACAUCACAGACUACGCCAACACCGCAUUACAGCCAGCAGCAGAGGCAACCGCAACAGCAACCACGCGGGUCCGUCUCCUACUCAGCGGGAUCGCCAGGCAUGCAGAGUGGUCACACUCCCCAGUCGACGGGCUCAAACUACAACAGUCCAAUGAACACAGCAAACUCGGGCAACGGCCAAGCUCCAAGAGACGGGCCCAACGCGUGGCCUCAAGAUCAUCCUAGUGCGGGGCCUAUAUAUGACACACCGGACUUUAAUAAUUUCCAUGAUCUGACAGGCUUUGGUCAACCCAUAGCAUCGCCACCUUUGCAGAACCCGAAUGCGCCUGGAUUUACACCGGCAAUAUUACCGCAGGAUCUAUGGCAACUGCCGAUGAGUAUAGACUGGGACUGGGCCGAGUUCAGCGGAGGAGCAUAUCCCAGUUUUGAGAAUGGAAGUACAAUGCCUAACAAUGGCGGUUUAUGA